UGGGCCGAAGCACCCCCGUGGACAGUGGUUACGUACCUUGCCUUUCAGGCGGCCCAACAAGUGUCGGUUCGUUUUUUCAUAUCGUCCCCACGGCUCUCGUCUUUUCCUCAACCUCUCAGCGACUUCCGGGACGCGUUGCGACGACUUCACUCAGUCACUCUCGUCGUUCGCAACAGCGACGCAGCCAUCCAGCGAACGCCCAGUAGAAAGGGGACCGCAGCGCGUGCCGCACGUGGGCAUGAGCUUGCGAUACCUGGACUUCAAUGAACGUGUCAGUCAUGGGUCUCGAUAUGCCUGGCCAGCUGCCCUUCAACCAGCAGCCACCGUCCGGCGUCGUCAAUCCGCCAGCGACCCAGCCCCGACCUGUUCAGCAGAUGCAGCAGUCGACCCAGGUCCCUGCUGCGAAGCGCCGCCGUACGGCCUCGGCUGUCAUGUCCAAUUGCUGUCGCACUUGCAGGCUGCGCAAGGUCAAAUGCGAUGGAAAUCCUGGAGACGGGGGCCCUUGUGCAAACUGCGCACGACUCGAACUUGCCUGCCCGUUCGUGUCAGGCCCCUCAGUACCCGGUCCCCCAGACAAGAUUGCGCGGGUGAAACCCUCGAGCAGUCACACGGAGGCCGGUACUGUUCGUAAACGAGCUCAACGUGCGUGUAGCCAGUGUCACACCCAAAAGACCAAAUGCUCCGGCGACUUGCCUCGUUGUAAGCGUUGCGAGACUGCUGGCUUGAAUUGCGAGUAUCUGCCACCGAAGCGCAAAUUCGCCAAUGUUCGUGUGGGAUCGGAGCCAGCUACAGACAAGAGUGCUCCCGACAGCGCUCGGGGCAGUACAGUACCCUCGAGCGCGACUGCUAACAACACCGCUGCUCCGACAUCUGAUGCACCAGCGCAGUCUGCCCGCGCCUUGACGUCGGAGAAGAGUGCCUCCCCCGAAGCGUCUGUCAACGGGGGAGCUAGGGGGGGAGAUACAUUUCCCCUCGCUCUUGAUACAUCUGUCCUUACAUCUCAGCAACUACUCGUGAGGAAAGACCUCAUUCUUCGCCAUCUCGAUGCAUAUUUUGAAAACAUAUACUGGCUGCCAGCUAUGGGGUUCUUUCACCCCGAAACGGCAUAUCGUCAAGUUUACGAGGGAACUUUUGAUCCACCCACAGCUGCAGCGCUAUGCGCGCUCACUACUUUCUUCGUCAAUCCGGAUUUCAAGUCGUCGCAGGAGUUUGGUAUGAAGUGCUGCGAUGAGAUCGAGUUCUACAUAUUCCGCAACGUCCACAAGUUCUCGGAUCGGGUCCUCCUGCCAUACGCGCUCAUCUUGUGCUUCAACUUUUUGAACGGUUCAUUUGCCAAGGUUUGGCAAUGCUUUGGCCUCGCAACGCGACUCAUGACCGGACUGCAACUGAACUGGGAUGUCUCUUCCCGCAACAAAACAUUUCAGCAGGAGGAGCUAGGACGGAGACUUGCAUGGCAAUUCUUCGUUAUGGACCGGCUGUUGGCGGGUGGCUACGAGGAGUACAUAUCGUGUCGCGCCGAUAUCAUGAAGAUUCGUCUGCCUUGCCAGGAGAGUGCGUUCUGGGAAAACAAGCCGAUAUUGGCGGAGCGCCUGACAGACAAGAAUGCGAAAGCCAAGGGCGUUGGGUUCCAUGGUCUGACUGUUCGGCUAACCGAUCUGAUUCAUCGGAUUCAAUGCUGGACGAAGCGACUGUCCUCCAAAACCACCCUCGAACCUUCGAAGGUCAUGGAGGAUAUCAAUAACUUCCAGAACGAGCUCACCCGCUUCCACCUCUCCAUACCCGACGACAUCAGGCUUAGCGAUCAGAGUAUUGCCAAGUACAUCGCGUCACCAGAGAAAGUGGGCUACGUUUACCUGCAUACGCACCUGUCGGUUGGCCACAUCGAUCUGUACAGGUUUGCCUUGCCUGGUAUCAUCGACCCCAAGAAGAAUGAUAUAGUCCAGAGGCUACCGAAAGAUUUCGUUGAAAGAUCAAAAAAGCAGGCUAUCGCUCACGCGCUGUGUAGCGGUCGCUUUUGCGUCGCUAUACAGAAGGAGGCGGAAAAACAUCCGUACACUGGCAAGGGACCGGUGGCAGGCGAUUGCACCAUUCCUCACAUGGCAACGCAAUCUCUCCGCGUCUUAUUACUUGCGAUACAGCAUCGCAUUUAUGACAACUUGACGCAGGAUACAACAGCGCCCCUUUGGCAUUUCGAAGAUCCGGACGAGAAGUACAUUCGCAGGCUGAUCGAGGAUGGGCUGUUCAAGGUGUCUGAGCCAUGGAAGCACAUUUUGAUGACUUGUUAUCAAGCACAUACUAACAACAUGGCCAUGUUUGAGGAGUUCAACAAGACGCAGAAAUUUGCGGAUCAAAAGGGCACCGUUGGCUUUGUUGGCACCAAGGCUUCAUCAGGCGACAGCCGGCUCCCUGGGCCGCACUAUAUCCUUGAGAAUGCGACAUACGGCGUCGUGGAGCAAGAGAAGCGCACGCGCGCUGGUGAUGCCGCAACAGCAGACCGCUGGUUCAAAGGUCCACAGCAGGAAAGGGCUCCAUCGCCCGCCUCGAUGCCUACACCAGGCGACUUUGAUGCUACCUAUGGUCCCCCUGGCCUGCCCCUGUUGUUGGCAGUAGCCCGCGACGCAACGGCAGAGCACAGCACCGGUCAGCCCAUGCCCGAACACAACAUCUACGACAUGCCUCGGGAGACGUCCGUCCUCACGCAGGAAAAGGCGUGGCUACCCCCGGGCUAUUCGGGCCCAGUUAAUGACCAGUACCUGGGGGCAAGCGGCGCGAGUGGUGCAGGCGGCCCUGGGUCGCUUCCCAUGAUGCAACAAAUGGAUGCCCCCGAGCUAGCCAUGGUGUUCCCCCCGCCGCAAGCCGGGCAGCAGCCUCCGAAUGAAUUACACACAACCAAUGUGCAAGAGCAGUAUGUGCCACCACAACAGGGUGUUUUCAUGAACGGAUAUCCUCCAGGGUACGGCGACGGUGGUGCGUCAGGUGGUUACAUGCAGCAGCCGCCGAACUUUGGAUGAGUCUUGUGCAACAUUUUUAUGUAUAUACACGGAUAUUUGUUACUAUAUUGCACUUGCCUAUUCGGAAACUGAGCUCGUAAAUGAAACUUCGCUUUGAAUUGCAGAAACUCGCGCAAGACCACUGAAAGGGACUUGCGAGCGCUGGCCAGGCGAUGAGCCAGGGCUUUAAGAUUAUACACUAUAAGAAUAUACAAUGAUACCACAGGGUUACUGCCAGGUACCCAAACGAGACAUGAACUCGAGGCCAUGUACCAGCCCUCAGCCUCCAACCUGUGAA